AUGCUCACCGAACAACAAUUUCGCGAAGAAAUAAAGGUUUUCGUGGAAAAAAUGAGGGAAAAUAAGUUGAAUUGGCAAUUGAAAGAGAAUGGAAAAUACGCUCGUGAAAGUCAUCUGGAGACGUUGUCGGAUGGAAGAAACGUUUCGGCAGAUGUACAUAUUCUAUACAAUUCCACGUAUCAAGUGCCGACGUUGUGGUUCAAUUAUUUCGAGAACAACGGAACACCGAUUCCAUUCGACACCGUCGUCCGUGAUAUUCUGAAAAUCUCAGAAUCGGAAGAAUCGGAUUCGUCGAUCCGACAGAGAAUCUCUCAUUAUGAACACCCGAUUCUAGGUGUUCUCUAUUAUAAUAUUCAUCCGUGCAACACUUCGAAUGUGAUGAAAGAAUUGAAAACUGAAAAGGGUUAUUUGAUCUCAUGGCUCAGCAUCUACGGACAACAAAUCAAUCUCAAGAUGCCGGAUUUUUCGAAAUUGCAAUAA